AUGGACGAGCAAUUGAUGCGAAAAACUUCCCCUGUAAAGACAACUUAUGAUGACCUAUCAUCUAUAAAUCUUGACUCUCAAUUAGAGACUGAAUCCCAACAAUCAACUUUUCGCUGUGCUUCCGAUCCAUUGGACGGAGUCGACCAAGCUUCUCCUAUUGAUAAUGUUAUUGUGCCUACCUUGCCAACGAUUGUUGAAGCACUGCCCUUAUGCUCGGAAAUUAAACAGAUUAGCACUAAAUUAUGGGAAAGCAGCGAAGCUGGUGAUAAACAUUGGACACUUGAUCCAGCAAUAAGACGUCAAUUGGACUUGAAAUUCAUUAAACUUAGACAACUAAAUCGAAAACUAUAUCUGGAUAAACAAUAUAUUAAAAAUGAAACUCACUGUGCAAAAGUGCAAAUGGAUCGUGCACAUAUGAAAUUACAAGAUGUUAUGUUUCAGAAACGUUUGUUAAAAAAUAUGCUUAGCAGAGUUCCACGUAGAUUCAAAUUUGAAGAUAUUUCAUUAAUACCAGUUGAUGAAUUCAUUAAAACUGCUCCAGAACAAUAUCUCCCCGUUCUGUCUGAAGAUGAUGAUACUAAACAAUGUAAUCACCAAUUAUUACUGGCUCAAUUACGAUACGAACUCGAUGAACGUACAAGAUUGAAUGAUAAUUAUCUUGAAAAAUUGAAAAGAAAAGAGGAUGCUCUUCGAAGACUAAGAGGAAAAUCAAAAUUAUAUCGUGAAGUUAAUAAAAUAAUGUCUGAUUCGUUUAGUGCGAUUAAAUCUCUUCAACAAGUUAACUCAUCUUUAGUAGCCUCUGCUUGUAUAGCGUCAUCUUCCGAAAUUUCGACAUCCUUAGCUAGCCAAUCUUCGAUUGAACAUUCAAACUCCAUGAUUAUCGAUAAUUGA